AUGUCAUUCACAUUCACUAAAGCCACUCUAGAUCUGCUGGAAGAGGACUUCUACCACAUCGGAUACCCUCGCGUGCUGAUCAAGUAUAAUAAAUCAAUUUAUCUUUCUGAAGAAUUUCAGAGCUGGUGCAAAGAGCGUGGGUUCACAGACCUGACAGGAGCACCGUACCAUCCGGCUACUAAAGGAGCAACAGAACGUUUGGUGCAAUUAUUCAAGCAAGAACUUAGAAACUCUUCUCUGCCACCGAAGCGAGCUCUUCAAGACUUCUUGAUGCAGUACCGGAGAACGCCGAAAUCCUGUGGAUUCUCUCCAAGCGAACUCUUAAUGUCCCGGCAGAUACAGACUACUAUUGACUCUCUGUCAUUGUCGCCAGCACAUGUAGCUCAGGGCAAGUAA